AUGAGCAAUCCCACCUCCGCCCUCCCCCCCCGCAAGGGCGCCCCUCCCACCGGCACCCCCCAACCAAAAUCCACCAAACCACUAACCAAAGACCUCCUCGAAAGCUUUCACCCUUCCAAACGCUUCUCCGGCAUCGACAAUACCAACCCCCCUUCGGACUUGUCUGGUGGUCCUACCGAACAUCAUAUUACCAGCUUGGCGUUUGACGCUUCUGGUAUGAAGCUGAUAUGUGGAGGGGACGAUGAUCAGGUGUUUCUCUAUGAUGCGCUCAAGGGAAAAAUGACCAAGAAGCUGUAUAGUAAGAAAUACGGGGUCGACCACGUCCGUUUCACCCACAAAUCCGAAAACAUCAUUCACGCCUCUACCCGUCGAGACGACGCGAUCCGGUACCAAAGUCUCCACGAUAAUCGCUAUAUCAGCUACUUUCGGGGCCAUACUUCGACCGUUCGGUCGAUAUCGAUGAGUCCGACGGAUGAUACGUUUGUUUCAGCGGGGGAUGAUGGGACUGUGCGGUUAUGGGACUUGAGGGCGGCGGCGUGUAAAGGACUGGUAAAUGAUAUAGGAGGAUCGAGUAUUGCCGCUAUGGAUAACACGGGGAUGGUAUUUGCCGUCGCUUGUACAAGCGCGCAAACCAUCAUGAUGUACGCUACCAAGACGAUGGAUGCCUUACCAUUCCUCCACCUCCCUCUAAUCGACAUUGCCCUCGAGUCCAUAUCAACACCCCCUCCCGUCCCCAUAUUUACCUCCCUCUCCUUCUCCAACAACGGCCACUACCUCCUCGUCGGCACCUCCUCCGACGUUCAUUACGUCCUCGACGCCAUGGAACUCAUCCCCCUCCGCCGUCUCGUCGGACACAAGGGCCUCGAAAGAGAUGAGAAGGGCAACAAGACGGUCGAGCCCCGCAGAGGCAUCAGCGGCGCCGAAGUCGGCUGGACGGGGAACUCGGAAUUCGUCGUUUCCGGCUCUGCUACGGGAGAAGUGCUCGUUUGGGAUCUGCGCCCGGUUGAUGGGGCGGAGAAGCUGAAUAGGAAUGAUUAUAUGGGAGGGAGCUGGGAUGCGCCUGGGCAGGAGGCGCCAGAUUGGACGCGGAUUAGGAUACCGGAUGUGGUGCCGACUGUCGUGUUGAACAACAAGAGUGAUACGCCUGGGCCGAGCAGGGCGGUGGCGUUUAAUCCGAGAUAUAAUCAGAUGGCUGUGGGAGGAAGAGAUUUGUCGCUGUGGAUUCCUCCAAAAAUGGACGAGGCGAGAUUAGCGGCCGAGGGGUACUGA